UACUUUCAGUCUCUUUCAGAUGACUCAAAUAAGGACAGUAAAUUCUGAGUAGCGUCACUAGAUACCAACUACAAGACUUAUCUCCAAGCAGCGUGGCUUUAGAAAUGGAAAUAUUGGUGGGUUGUUCAGUCCAAUAUUCUGGUCCAGACUGGAAUAUCCCAACAGCACUUUUAUGGAUUCAUGGCUCCCAGAGGAGAUAUCAUACUCACCACUGAUUCUACUGAUUCUCUGACUUCACCUUGAGUGCCAUUACCAGGUUGACAUUUUUGUUUUUUUGUGCAAUAGCUCAUCAACUAUCAGAUAGAUUGUAAUGAGAUUUGAUAUAUAUGCAUGGUACCCAGAGGAUGAAUCCUCAAAACUGCCACAAAGUGCCACGGUCAGGCCACCACGUUUGUACAUGUUGUGUAAAAUAUCCAUCCAUCCAUUAUCUAUACCUCUGACCAGAGACAGAUCGCCAGUCCAUCACAGGGCCAACACAUAUAAACAACCAACCAUUCACACUUACAUUCACACCUACAGGCAAUUUAGAGUCACCAGUGAACCUAAUGUGCAUGUCUUUUGACUGUGGGAAGAAGCUGUACAGAACCCACAGAGAGAACCUGCAAACUCCACACAGAAAAUCCCCAGGUGAACCAGAGCUUGAACCCAAACCUUUUUGCUGUGAUGUGACAGUGCUAACCACUGUACCACCGUGCUAUAAAACAUUUCAAAAUUUACUUGAUGGAUUGACACAAGACUUUCUGCAGACAUUCAUGGUCCCCAGAUUACGACUGAUGAUCCUUUAUUUAAGUGCCACCAUGAAUUAUUUUUUUCAUCAAGUAUCUCAACACAGUUGGAUGAGUUAUCAUGAACUUUGGCCAGUCAUGUUCAUUCUUAGUUUUGUGUUUUGUUCUAGUACUGUAUUUUAGAUGUACUUUGUGUUUACAGCUAGUAGAGAAAUGUUAGCAUUGCCACUGUGAGCAUGUUAGUAUACUGAUGUUACUGCCCAAGAACAGUCUCAGUUAGUGUUUUAAUUUCAUAGAAGCACAGUUUAUAGAAGUGUAGAACAGAUGGCACUGUGGAAGAACCUGUUGAGUUUGUGGCUUUUAUUUUAAAAGGUUUCCAGUAAGUUAGCUUUACUUUAUAUUCAUGGGUCAUAGAUUUUCUUUCUAUCUUUAUUUGUAUAUUUUUAUUUGUGUCUGUGAGAAUGGGGUGGGCGUGUAUGCGAGUGUACUUGGAAAAAUAGAGGAACUAGUUGGUAAAAGAAUGUCUGUAACAGUAGUACUAUUGCCGAGUGUGUGUGUUCGUGUGUGUUCGUGUGUGGUGAGAUAAAAAAGAGCGUUUCCAGAAUAUGACGGAGCCCGUGGGCGGGGUUUGGCGGACCGCAGUGGCCAAUAGGAAGCCUGGAUGUCGCUGUCAAACACAGCUGAUCGAUGAGUCAGGGAGCCACUGCCGAAAAGGUCGCACUUGUUGCUGAGCAGGAGCAGCGAUCAUCAGCUGACCACUGAGGUCUGAUCCAUCUUCACUUAAACAACCCAAAGUCUCCCCGUAAACGCAACAGGAGCCGCCUCUAGCAGCCUGAACAGACGCUUCAGCGCAGGAUCACACCGCUGCCGCCUGGUUUACGGCUCUCAGGAAGUCUGGUUUGAUGUCUGCGUCAGUUUUGUAUCCAUGGCUGUGUGGACGCAUCAGUCUGCUCUGUGGACUCCUCCUCCUGGCCCCCUCACUGCUCCUCGCUGCAGGCAGACUGGGCAACUGCACUCACCCUCUGGUGCCAGAACAUGGAGGUUUUCGUUGUGAUCCAUCUCCAUGUCGGGGUUUCCCUCAGAAGAGCUCCAUCCAUUUCUUCUGUGAGCCUGGAUACCACAUCAGCAAGUACCGUGUCUCCAGAUGUCGCCACGGGAAGUGGCAGCCUCCGAUACCUGCCUGCGUCCCUAUCAAAGAGGGCACUCAGAAUCCGGAUGACAGGACGAAUGACUCGAUGCCCAGCAUGGCCACAACAGCUGUGGGCGUGUCCAUCUUCCUGCUCACCACCACUGCCUGCCUGGUUGUCAAGUCCCGCCUCUACCCCUGUCAAUCACACGGUCGUCGCUCCUCAGAUCAGCUGGACCUGAUGGUGGACGGACUUCCUGUGUCCCUCCCCUCCUAUGAGGAGGCGGUGUAUGGCAGCUGGGGGCAGCGCCUCCCCGCCUGCUCAUCACCCGGACCCACCCAGCUCCUGUUAGCUCAGGAGGCUCCCGGCUGUCACCCCUCGUCUCUCAACAACCAAUCAGACGGCAGUCACCGCCCCCUCCUGUCCACCCAAAGCCCGGACAACCCCCCACCCCCUUAUGAGGAGGUCCAGUCUUCACAUCCCAGAGACAGGCUGAGUGACGGGGAGGGCCGGCAGCUACAUGUUGCUCUCUCAGAUGACAAGGACACUUGAUUGACAGACUGUCGGGUUCACAUGUGACUAAAUUUCCAGCACGGGGAGUGCAGUUGUUUAGCAAUGAAAGCAGGGUUUUGAUUGACAGCUCACUGCUGCAGCGUUUACUCUGCAGAUGAUGGCUGAAAAAAUGAAAACAUGGACUGACAGCAGACUCCUGUGCUCCUGCACUUUUUCCUGGUUGGCUGCAGCUCACCAGCAUCAGGACACUCUGUCCUAUCACACGUUAUUUCUGAUAAGCUCUGAUUGGCCAGCUGUCAGGUCAAAAAGACCUGGAUGAAGAGGACUAAAGUACAUUCAUUAAUGAAAUGUUGAUUCUAUAGUAUAUUGUAUGAAUGUGUGACAGAGGAGGGAGUUUAUGUGCACAUGUAUCUCUGCUGUCAGGUGAAAAUCUUGCAUCCAGAAUGUCAUCUCUUCAGGAACAAAACUGCCUUGUUUUCAGUGUGAUGCCAGUGUAUUUCAUUGUUUAAACAUGUUUUUUUUAAAUGAUUGUGUAAUCCUUCACUUUAGAGAAACUUUAAAAUAGAUCAACCAAACAUAUGAGGUUUUCACAGGACAGCAGUCAUAUAAAAGUGUAAGUGCCUGUGUGUGUGCGCAUGUGUGUGUGUGUUUUCAGUGUUGUUCUGGAGACGUCAUCUAACCUUCCCAUCAGUGAUGGGGCUGAUCGAGGCUUCCUUCAUGAAGUCAGUGGUGUGCUGUUACAGAAACCUGUAUGUUUCCACGGCAACCAACUCUAUUCCAUUUCUAUUUGAGACUUUUGUGCCAGCAUUUUCUCUCUCAGCCUAAUUGGACUGUCAUGCACAUAUUGUUGAUUUGAAGCCAGCAUGGUGCACAGACACUCGUGUGAUAGAUGGUGACUUGGAACAACAGCAUGUUGUGAUGUUGAUUUUAAAAAGAUCAUUUUGUGUGCAGCAGAUAUUUAGAGACUUGAAAAUGCUUGGAAACCAAACAGUCUUUGAAAGUGUUUCUCCUAUGUUCAUACAGUGUCAAGUGACUUAAAACACACAGAGACAUACAGGUGUUUUUUUUUUUUAAAUCAAAUUAACCAUCCAAAUAAGAGUUUUCAACUAUAAACAAAAAGCACAGAUUUGGGACCAAAUCCAACAAAUAAAACUGAAACUGAAACCAGUCAGAGAUCAAACGUUGAUCUGGGAAACUGAUUCUCUCUGUGUCCUCGCUGCACCUCGCUGGUUCUCUCUCUGUAACUCUUUAACUUCUGCAGAGCGGCUGACGCCUUCAUAGACCUUGAAUGUAUUUUAUGUUUCAUUUUGUGGCAAAAAAAAUCUUAAUUAUUAUAUGGAUUGUAAUAUUAAUUAUUUGUAUAUUGUAUUAUUGCACAGAAUUAUAUAUAAAUAAAUGUUGAGAAGUUUCUCUGCUUGACA